CACAAGUCCAACAUAACCUCACAUUUAGAAGCAUUUUUAACCUCUAUUUUUAGUGCUUUUAAAAGCUCGAUUUACACAAAACCUUGUUUAAAAUGUGUGGCUGCUACUAGUGCAAAGAAAAUUUAAAACUCAGAAUUUGAUGUGUUUCCAAGAAUCAUGUUCAUUGUAAGAAAAAUCAUCACACCAUCGGUGGCCCCCUGCGUUUAUCGAAAUUUCGCAAAAUUCCCCAAGAGAGACACAGAUCCAGGCAUCAGUCGACGUAAACAACUGCUUCCAGGACUCAAAAAUGAAGAAAUCACAGACUUUGAGGAGCUGGAAGCUGAUUUUAUGGAAGUUCAUAAAUUACACGAACAGCACGAAAAGGAAUUAGCGCAGAUAAAAGAGAGAGAGAAGUACCUCAUUGUUCGCGAGAAGUAUUUUAAGGAAAAGUCUCCAAAUUUCCUAACGUGGCACGACAAAGAACAAAUACGUUAUCUGCAUAACACAGAGCCAGAAGAAUGGACUAUAGAACGUUUAUCUGAAGGAUUUCCAGCUCUUCCUGAAACAAUAAAAAGAGUUGUAAAGACAAAUUGGGUUAAAACCAAGCAACAUAAAAUUACUAACCAUGAUGCAGCUGUACAACGCAACUGGAAAUUAUUUAAACAAGGGCAGAUGUCAACAUUACCAAAGGAUUUAGCAGAACAUUUAAACAAAUUUACCAAUAGGGCACUUAAUUUCAAACCGUUUGUUUUACCCUCCUCUGAGAAAAAUGUUCAAGUUCAAAGUGAAGCUACUACUGGUGAAUUUGCAGACAUCAUAAAAAGUUACAAAAAAAUUAAAAACUGUUUACUAGAAGGUGAAAACACACAAAUGAAUACUAAUGUUGGUAAUGAAUCACCAAAAGGAGACACAUCUUAUGUACCAUCACCCACCAGAACUAGAUCGGUAACACUGUCAGAACUGCAAAAUAGACUGACUAAGAGGGUUGAAGCUGGAAAAAACGUGAAUGAGGAUGAAAGACACAUCAUCAACAGUGUUAAACCUGAAAAAGAGGAUAAAAUUAGUGAAACUCGUUUAAUGGAUUUGUCCAAAAACAAGUACAAGGCUUCAACAGGUGUACAACACUUAGACAAAAAGGAAAAAGACUAUUCACACUUAAAUUACCCUGACAAAAUAACAAUUCCCAAAAGCAUUCUUAAAAAAGGCACAAUUUAUAAGUUGAAUGAUUGUUACUAUGAUGAUGAUGGAGAAUUCUUAUACAGAGUACCUGGGAUGGGGUAAAAAAAAACCUUGAUUAUUAUUUUUUAAUGAAACAAUAUGUUUAAAAAAUGACUAGCAUGUAGCAUAAGCAUAUAAAAGUAACAAUCAUUAAAAAGGUAACAAAUAAAAAGAACAGACACUGUUAAGCAGUUCUAAAAUUUUGCUACAAUUCACAUUUUGCAUAACUUUUCUGAUAAUACUGCUCGUAUUUUCUUAUGUACAUAAAAGCAAAAACUAAGUAUACCCCUUGUAAAAUAAAUAAAUACAACAU